GCUGUUGUCACUUGAAGAACAACAUGGCUUCCCCGAACAGUCGAGAAUGGAGGGCGGUGUGCGAGAAAUUCCGCCUCGCCCAAGAUCUUUCCGAAACAGAAUCACGAAAAGAUCCCGAAAACGACCCUUUCCGCUCGAAAUAUAAAGCCAGGGAGCUGCUGAAGGAGAUUUACUGCACGGUAAAGAAUUUCGAUGUCGAUGAGGACCGAGAGGCCGGAGACGGGGAGGCGAUAAACGGAGGAGUGAAACAAGCGCACGCAGGCGACUCUCGAGCCGGACUCCAAGCCGCCAAACUCGGGAUGAUUGACUAUCAUCUGGGGGUGAACCAUGUCGAAACCGAGGAGCUCUCUGCAGGCGAAGAGUAUUUACUGAACUGUAUGAAAUUACUGGAGGAGUGUACGGUGACACGGGAAAACGUCUCGCUGUUCAUACAAGUCCGGAACCAGCUUGGCAUCUUAUGGGCCGGACGAGACGAAACCGAGAAAGCUCAAGGCUUUUUAGAAACGGCUGAGUCCAUUUAUGUUCAGUAUAUGAAAGAGGAUGGCCAACCACCACUGGAUCUGGUCGAUUUCUUCGUGCUCGAGGAAGAUGCACCAUCCCAACAAGAGAGAAUGAGGAGGUUUGAAAUGGCAUACACGCACACACUUUAUUAUCUGGCUCAAGUGUAUAAAAAUCUGGGUCAGUAUGAGAAAUCGGGGCAGUACUGUCACAGCACAUUGCAGAGGCAGCUGAAGUUCAGCCAGUUUGUGCCACUCGAGUGGGCCAUCAAUGCUGCCACACUGUCGCAGUAUUAUAUCACCAAGAUGCGAUUCAUGGAAGCACGACACUGUUUGGCUGCAGCUAAUGUCAUUGCUGACCUGGCUGGAGAAGUCCCUUCAGAGGCUGCUGCCAAAGAAAGUGAAGCUGAAUAUGAAAAACGUGAGCAACUGCGUCAGAAACGAGCUGAAAUUGCAAGAUGUUGGAUCAAAUAUUGCCUUAAUCUGUUACAAGAUGCCAAAAAGCUUCUGGAGGACAGCAUUGGUGAGUUAGACCUGGACCGACAGGAAGAGCUGCAAAGAGCCCGACGUGACGAGGAAGAGGAAAAAGAGAGAGGAAGGAAAACAGCAGUUCUCUUUGAUUCCGCUGACACGUUCGAUUCAAUUUGCAGCCAGGAAGAGAAGGUGAGCUGCAUAUUUCCAUUGAACUUUGAAGAAGCCCGUGCCAUCUUUCUGGUGGGUCAAAGCUACGUGACGCAGGCCAAGGAGUAUUUCGAGAUGGAUGGUCACGUAACUGACCACAUUGAGAUCCUUCAGGAUCAUAGCGCUCUUUUCAAAGUCCUGGCCUUUUUUGAGGAGGACCUGGAGCGCCGCUGCAAAAUGCACAAGAGGCGCGUGGACAUGCUCGAGCCCAUCUGCAAAGACCUGAACGCUCAGUACUACUUACUGAUCAGCCGACAGCUGCAAUUCGAACUCGCCGAGACCUUCUACGAAAUGAUGGACCUAAAACUGGCCGUGGCUGAAAAGCAGGACCAGCCAGACGCCCACAUCAUAAAGAAAUUCAACCACUUGUGCUCAGCAUCCAUCAAGUACUACCAAGUGUUCCUUGACUCCAUCCGCUCACCAGAGGGCAAGUUUCCUGAAAAACUCGAAGAUGAUCUGCUGAGACCGGCACUGGUGGCUAAGUUUCGUAUUGCUCGACUUCAGUCCAAGAUCAUCUCAGGAAAUCUGGCCACUCAACUAGAGAAUCUCCGCCUCUCACUGGAGUCAUACAACUUCGUUGCGCAGUAUUGUGAGGAGCACCCAGAAGCCAAGAAAGCUAUGGAAACUGAACUGGAGCUGAUUGAAGAAAUGGUGUCCCUCCUUCCUAUGAAGAUCAAUAGAAUACAGUGUAGACUGGCCGCAUCCAAAUAAGAUGAAAUAGUGAUCACUUUGUAAAGAUGAUAACAGGCUAUAAUGAAAGCUGACAUGGAAAUUAAACUACUUCUGUCUCACUUUAACUCUAAACCAUCAUUCUAGUAGAUCAGAAUGUAUACAGUGGUGCUUGAAAGUUUGUGAACCCUUCUAUAUAUUUCUGCAUAAAUA